AUGGGCAUCUUUGAAAUGGGCUACGAAAAGCCCUCGCCCAUCCAAGAAGAAAGCCUACCUGUGGCACUGGCGGGCAAGUCCAUAUUGGCCAGAGCAAAGAAUGGAACCGGGAAGACCGGUGCAUUUGUGAUCCCCAUUCUCGAGAAGUGCAACACUACUAAGAAUGCAAUCCAGGGGUUGAUCCUUGUUCCGACGAGGGAAUUGGCAUUGCAAACAUCUUCAGUGGUGAAAGAAAUUGGGAAGCACAUGAACAUCCAGUGCAUGGUCUCCACAGGUGGAACAAGCCUACGAGAAGACAUCAUGCGACUGUACAAUGAAGUCCACAUAGUAGUGGCCACUCCUGGCCGUGUGCUUGACCUUGCCAACAAGAACGUGUGCAACCUGAAGCAAUGCCAUAUGGUAGCCAUGGAUGAAGCUGACAAGCUUUUGUGUCCUGAGUUUCAGCCAAUCAUUGAAGACCUUGUGAAGUUCUUGCCGCCAGAAAGGCAAAUCCUGAUGUAUUCUGCAACCUUCCCCAUGACGAUUUUGGAUUUUAAGAAUCGCUUCAUGGCGGAUGCCCAUGAGAUAAAUUUGAUGGAAGAACUGACACUGAAAGGUGUCUCUCAGUACUACGCUUUUGUGGAAGAACGCCAAAAGGUUCAUUGUCUCAACACUCUGUUCUCAAAGCUGCAGAUCAACCAGGCGAUCAUUUUUUGCAACUCUGUGACGCGCGUGGAGUUGCUGGCCAAGAAGAUUACGGAACUUGGAUACUCAUGCUUCUUCAUUCACUCGCGCAUGUACCAGUCUCACAGGAACCGAGUGUUUCAUGACUUCAGGAAUGGGGCGUGCCGGUGUUUGGUGUCCUCGGACCUGUUUACACGUGGCAUUGACAUCCAGUCCGUGAAUGUUGUGAUCAACUUUGAUUUUCCCAAGAACUCAGAGACCUAUUUGCAUCGUAUAGGGCGCUCAGGCCGUUUCGGUCACUUGGGCUUGGGCAUCAAUUUUGUGACCUAUGAUGACCGCUUCAACCUCUACCGCAUUGAGAAAGAGUUGGGCACCGAGAUCCAACCUAUCCC